AAUGAAAUGUCAAUUAACUGUGAUGUGACAGUUUCAGUCCCAUUUUAAUUACUAUUUAGAUUAAUGAUUAUAACAUUUUCCAAUUUUUUAAUUAAUUAUAGGCUUCGACAAUGGCGUCUGUAAAUAGCCAGAGCAACAUAGAAUCCUUAAAAAAUGAAAUAGAAAGGUUAACAAGAGAAUUAGACCAAGCGAGUAGUGAAAAAGUUCAGUCAGCUCAGUAUGGGUUAGUCUUAUUAGAAGAAAAGAAAGAACUGCAACAAAAAUGUGAAGAAUUUGAAGCUCUAUAUGAGAAUACCAAACAUGAGUUAAACAUUACUCAGGAGGCUUUAGCAAAGUUCCAAACUAGUCAUAAAGUUACAACAAAAACUGGGAUUGAGACUGAAGAAUCACUCAUAAAUGAGUCGGUAGCUAGAGAAUCGUCGUUAACGUUACAGAUUUUAGAGUUAGAAAAUGAGAUUAAACAAUGCAGACAUGAGUUGGAAAGAGUCACUGCUGAAAGAGAUCGAAUGCUGCAAGAAAAUAAUGACAUGGGCAAAGACAAGGAGGAUAGAAAUAUGGAAUGCAAAAAAAUCAGAACGGAACUACGAGAAGUCAAAUUUAGAGAAAACCGUCUUAUAGCUGAUUAUUCAGAACUGGAAGAAGAGAAUAUUGCUCUUCAAAAACAAGUUUCUGCCUUGAAAAGUUCUCAAGUUGAAUUUGAGAGUUUGAAGCAUGAAAUAAGAAGGUUGCAAGAAGAGAUGGAUUUGUUGAAUUUGCAGUUAGAAGAAAUGACGAAUUUAAAGAAAAUUGCUGAGAAACAUAUGGAAGAAGCCCUUGAAUCAUUACAGAGCGAACGAGAAGCAAAAUAUGCCCUUAAAAAAGAACUGGAUCAACAGAUUAACCGUGAGUCCUUUUAUAACAUCAACAACCUCGCUUAUCGUAUCAGGGGUAUAGCAGGAGAGGAUCCAGUUAGCAGUGAUUGUGAAGAUGACCUUCCUGGCCUCAAGCAUAUUGAAGCUACCAUCUGUAGUGAGGUACAAUCACCGGAUGGUAAACAGGUUGAUUUAUUCUCCGAAGUGCAUCUUAAUGAACUAAGAAAAUUGGAAAAGCAGUUGGAGGCUUUAGAAAAAGACAAAAUUAGUUUGACGCAAAGUUUAAGGGAAAAUCAGGGAAUGGUGGAAAAGAGCCAAGGAGAACUGCAGGUGUUUGUGGCCCGUUUAACCCAAUUAGCAGCUCAUGUAGAUUCCUUGCAACACCUCUCACAAACCGUUGAUAAAAACCUCACCAAACCCGCAGAAGAAGCAGCUAGAGCCCUUCAACAAUAUCAGCAAUGGUUCAAGAUGUCAUCUAAGGAGAUAGAACUCCUCAAACGAGAUAUUAAAGAAUUAGAAAAUCUUACCAACGUAUCUGAUGCCACCCUGCAAUUAAGAAACGAAAUAACAAACUUGAAAAAUAAACUGUUUGACACUGAACAAAAGAGUAUGGAUUUGGACAGUGACCUCAAGUUGUUAAGAGACUUUGCCUGUGAAGCUGGUGCUUCAUUAGAUGAAAGUCAAAAUACAUUGCAAGGAGUUUCAGAAGAUUUGGCUCAACUUUAUCACCAUUUGUGCACAAUUAAUGGCCAAACUCCUUCUAGAGUUAUCCUUGAUCAUGAAAAGGAAGGACUGACACCAAUGACUGAAACAGCUCCACCCAUCGGAGAAAUGUCUAAAAUAGAAUUGUUGAGAAGCAGACUGAAGAAUGACAUUCCAUUGCACGAGUUAGAACCCCUGAAUGAUACAGCAACCUUAUCCAGAAAUGUCUUAACCAUUGUAGAUCAAAUAAAACAUCUAAGAACUGCCGUUGAAAGUACUAUAGAGUUAUCUAAAAAUAAAAGAGGCACCAACGACGGAUCCUACGAAUCUUCUCGUGACGAAUCUAGCGAAUCGGAGAUUCAAGAGCUACAAGAACAGGUGGUGAGGUUAAAGAGUCUUUUAUCUACAAAACGUGAACAAAUUGCUACUUUGAGAACAGUUUUGAAGUCAAACAAAAACACCGCCGAAGUUGCUCUUACGAAUUUGAAGAGUAAAUAUGAAAACGAAAAAACCAUAGUUUCCGAAACUAUGAUGAAGUUAAGAAACGAAUUAAGAUUACUUAAAGAAGACGCUGCCACAUUUUCAAGUCUUCGUGCGAUGUUUGCGGCUCGUUGUGAGGAAUACGUCACCCAAGUCGAUGAAUUACAGCAACAGCUCAGCGCAGCCGAAGACGAGAAGAAAACAUUGAAUCAACUUCUACGUUUGGCUGUACAACAAAAGCUGAACAUCACGCAGCGAUUAGAGGAGCUGGAAGUGGAUAGAGAAAUUCGAAAUGCCGCACGGCGUCCCAAUAACAGAAAUUACUCCAGAGGUGGCAGAUCUGGUGGGCGAGACGUCUUUUAGCGUAGAAGAAGACCUUUUGUUUAUGCCUUAGCUUUUGUUACCACCUUUUUUAGGUUGUAAAUUAUUCUAGGUACGAGAAAAAUGCCGUGUGACUUUUAACAUGAAAUAAACGCCGUUAAAUACGGUAAGUAUGUAGAAUACACUAAAUUUCUGGUUUAGUGUAUUUAGUGGAAUUUUGAAUAAGUGGAUUAUGUCUGAAAAAGUGUUUAGUGUUGAACUUUAGAUUUUUUUAGACUAAGCCAUGUAUAUAUCAGCCUAUUCCAGGGUUAUUUGUACAGUCUUAAGAGAAUUACUGUUUUUAACCAUUUGUAUAAUAUUGGAGCCAAAAAAUAUAGGGCUUAAUAUUAAAAAUUGUUGCACCACUAAAGAUAUAUUAAAAAUAAAGAAUUUGGAUAAAAAAUUUUUGUUGACCAUUUUGACUUUCGAAAUAAUGCAAAUUUUUUGAAAAUUCAUGAAACUAGGAAAUUUAAGUCUAUCAAAAAUGUGUUUCGUCGAAAAUAUUUGUACCGGAUAUUGCCUCGUGGAAAUUCGAAACUCGAGUUGUUUUUCAAUUGUGAAAAUUAUUGGCUUAAUUAGUUUUGGUCAAGAAUUCAAUAAUCGAAGAGCUCUAAAAUAUGCAUAAAAAAACCAUGUCGGGACAUCAUUCACGAUCAAAAUUAACACUAUAUUUCAGGGUACAUUGAAAACCACUGUACAAUGUGUCCCAAAUUAUUAUGUUUUACAGGUUAUACUAAAAACUAGAUGGGAUAGAAUAAAAGUAGAUAAGAUUUCAUGACUUCUUUUUUCGUUAAAGUAACGAUUUCCUAAUCAAAUCAUUAAUCGCUCCCCACAUUAGCGAGAUACAAGACCAUUAUUGAAAAAUGUCGAAAACGACAGGGUUAAAUAUCUUCUUUAUUAACCCGCGAUAGGUACCGCUUAUGAAUCUCCCGCCUUAGGUACCGUAUUAGAUUUUAUCUAACAUAAUAAUGUUGUUCCCUUUUUUAAGGUAGUUGUACUUGGCAGUAUUUUUCAUAGCUUACAUUGUUAUUUUAUUUAUGUAUUUAAUGUAAUAUUUAUUGGAAAAUUAAACGACUGGUAUG